UGACAUUCAUUAUUACUAUUCAGAAUAUCUCCUCGUAAUUGCUUUUGAACUGAGUGGUUUCGAAACGCCAACCGAUGCGUGCUGCCUAGCUUUCCCCCAAAAUUGCGUUUGAGCUUCAAUGCCUUCUAAUCAUUCCAGUCGUGCUGCCAGCCGUCUUCUUAAAAGAUCGAAACUCAGUCUUACACAUCCAUCAUGGCGACAAGAACAGACAUUCAGGAUAUGUUGCGAUUUUUGACGACAACAGCGAAGCUGCCUUUGGCAACUGCAAUGGGCAAGAUGAAGGAGUUAUUAGCUGCUGGUAUAACACAAAUUGAACAUGUUACCAAGGCCGACGUUGCAAAGCUGGAAUCCAUCUUUGGAGACGAGAAGACCGCAAAGCAGGUUCUCAAUGCCGCAAAGCGGACGUCAAAGAAGCGAGAGGCUCCAUCUGCGUCGUCCACUGCGCAGACCAAAAAACGCACGAAAACUGCUCAAGGAGAGAUUCUUUCGCCAGCCGAUAUGGAAGCUUCUCUCGCCCUCCCGGAUCCUGUAACGGACGAGGAAACCUUAGCUAAGACGGUUCUGAUCACGAAUCGUGCUCCGUUAGUUCUAGCGUUCGCAGUGACAUUGCUUAAGUAUACUCUACCAGACCAACCUUUAAGCAGCAGGUUGAGUCUAGCUCAAGCAUGGUUGAGCGCAAGCGCUAGAGACAGAGCUGUUAGUCUGGGCAUAGAAUCUGGGAAAAGUGCGGAGGAAGAAGGCUUUGGGCAGGGACAGCCUGUUGUACGGAUCAUGGGACGUGACGUCCAUGUGAUGAGACGAUGGGGUUAUGAUCCCACGUCAAAAGGUGAUGAGCCAGAAACACAAGCUACUCAAUCCACCGCGACCGAAGUGGGAAAUUCGCAGGAAGAGCAUGUCGAAGCUCGCGAAGCAAAGGAGCCACCUUUGUGGGGUAUCGACCUCGAAGCACUUCGCAAAUCUGCCACGCAACAAGGCCAAGCUGCUCGCAAUAAUCUGCCGAUACACACACCACAAUCGGCGCGAGCCUACCUAUUGAAGGCGUUCAACAGCCCUACUGAAUCCGCUCCCGAGGAGAAUAGAAGCACGUCUAAGAAGGGGCAGAAGACGGCGGAUUCGCUCUCGAUUGUGGCGCAACGUGAGCGCAACCUUGGACGGCUAUUAGGCGCUCUGGACUUACUGUACGAGUCGUGGUCGCCCACGCUGAGCCCAGAAGAGCUCGACAAGAGAACCUGGAAUUGGUAUGCGUCUGUCCGACCAGAAGUAGCGGACGGCGUUGAUGGCUGGGGGGGCAGAAAUGAGGUCAGACUCGAAAACAUAUUAAAGCUCCGGAGGCACGAGAAAUGAUCGCAAUGAUGAUGA